AGCGCAGGCAAACAAGCGAAGUAUGUUAUUACAAACAGUUUUGUGCAAAAGCGUCAGUAUUGAAGAAACACGAAUCAGUUGUGUAGACAAACAUAGUAUUGCAACAAACGUUUUUAAAAGGUCUCGAAAAAACCAAUGUUUUGAAAAAAGUUAAUAACCGCAAUAACUGGAAAAAAUUUUAGACAUUCCAUGCUAUAUAAAUUACAAAAGGAAAAGAAGAAUAAUUCCAGAGAAACGAUAUCACGCUUCCGGCAAUAUGGUACUAAUAACAAUGUUUAACGCCAACUGGGAAAGGUUAAUAGCCGUUAACCAUGUAAAUUUGACCGUGCUGAUGUUUCUUUUCAUGGUUUGCGCAUUUGAAGUGGUCUUGUGGAAGCUAACUCUUACUGGCCUUAGUAGAGUCGAUGUAUACGGACGCAGUGAAGCUAACGAUAUCAAUGGGAGUGAAUAUGAAGAAGACAUCUACUAUGGAGAUUUACGUAGUAAUUACGAACGAUGGAUACGAAGGCAGACACACUAUCGACACCAAGUGUGGCGUCUAGAACAGGAAAGAUUAACCCAAUUCCGGGUGCAACAACAGCAGCGAAGGCAGCUCGAAAGGGUCAUUUGCUAAAGGUGUAAAUAAUAUGUAGUUGUGGAAGGGGAAAGUAUCAAAGUAUUAACGAUUUUAUACGUAUACAGUGGAAACUCUAUGGAACAAUAUUCAAGGGACCGCACACUUUUUUACGUUAUAAGGAAUUUUUAUUAUACGGAGAGAAGACGUAUAACGACGACUAAUAUUGGAGGAAAAGUAGUGUAUAAUAUGACAUUAGAGGACAUCCUCGUGGUUUUGAGUCGAUUACUGCAUUUAAAGUUAAGUCUAUUCUUUUACAAAAUAAAUUUGUUACAAAUAGUGUUUGUGACGUUAUAUAGAGUAUUAUACUGUAUGAAGAGCAGGAAAGUUUUUGGAAAAAUCUAGCACACAGACCACAACAAUUACAAACAAUACUAUAUUAAGAAAAAUUAAUGUGAAAAAAAAUAUAUGUAU